AUGUCGCUGGGGGCGGUGACUGGCGAGCCGCGGGGCGACGCGCUGCUCCGCGCCAACUUGGAGUUCCUGGCCUCGCUGAGCCCGCCGGCCGUCAGUCCCGUGCUGCCGCAGCUGCCUGGCGGGGCGGGUCUCCUCCCUGACGACUUUCAGCUGCCCCCGACGGCCGCGGGCGGCGAGGCGGCGUCGAUUGUCUUGCAGGUAAAUGCCGUGGAGGAUGUCUCGCUUCCGAUGGCGCAGCGAUUACGGGCGAUGGCGCCGGCCCCAAUGGCGGAGGCGCAGGGCGCCGACGUGGAGCUCCCACCCGCCGCGGCGGGAGACGAGGCGCGGCAGAUUUCAGUGGACGAAAUGCUGCGCUCCAUGGAGGUCGAUGAGCCCGCCUCACAGCGGCGUGGGCGCCGCCAGCGGCUGCUCCGGCUUAUCCUCACCGACGGCUUUACGCGGGUUAUCGCCUUUGAGGACUUCCGUCAGGGAUGUGACGCGCUGCGGGGAGGCGUGACGUGGGGCGCCAAACUGCGCAUUCUCGCCCCAUUGCAAAUACGGCACGGAGUGCUAAUCCUGAACUCGCAGCAGACUGUGAUGCUGGGCGGGUUUGUGCCGGAGCUGCAGGAAUUCUGGGAGAAGCACGCAACGGCGGCGCUCGAGGAGAUGUCUGGGCGACCAAAGAAGCGGGUGCAGCAGGCGGUGGAGGGGCCGCAGCGGGUUGUAGCGUCGCCCGCGCCUGAAGGAGCGGCGACGCAGGCCCACACCGCGGCACAACAGCAACAGCAACAGCAACAACAGCAGCAGCAGCAGCAGCAGAUGGAAGCGGCAGGAGCGGCAUUUGCGGCCCCACGGCAGGCUACCGCAGUGGUCUCCCUACGCAGCGAAGACGUUGCGCUCCCUCCCCCCUCACAGUCCUCCUCGCUCCACGCCUCGCAGCCCUUGCCUCUCUCCGCGUGGCAUGCGCAUCGCCCACGCACCGCCCCUUUUAGGACACUUGCGGUGAUCAGAGAGGUGAGAUCUGACCUAAAGAUUCAAGAAUACCCUGCGCUUCCGCCAGGCGAGGCGAAACGGUUUUCACUCUUCGUCCUGCUCGCCACUCCCCCGGAUGGCGUCAACGGGGGCUCGCCGACGACGCGAGAGCCGGAGCUCUUGGUGGACAUUGGUCAUGCCUGGCUGCAGCAGGCACUCUGCAUGGGCCCAGAGGCGUUCUGCACGCUCUGCUGCUCGCGCCAGCCCGAGGAAGUGGCACGGCUUGAGGCCUUGUUGGAGGGCGUGGGGCGGGCGCUGGAGAGCCUCGACGUGGCGGUCUUUGUCCUGCAGCAACGCGCGACCGACGGCGUCGUCGAGGUGGUGGAGGUGCACCGGCCCCGCUCCUCCCCCGCCGCGCCCUCGUGA